AAUUAAAUAUGUAGGUACUUUAUUUUUUCGGAAUCAAAUCAUAUGAAAGCUCUUCAGAUAAGAGAAAUAAAAUCUCGGAAACAAUCAAAUAAUACAAUUAUAACUUUCCUUGUUAUCUAAAAAUAAUAAAUGCAAAAACCCCGCUUGAUGACGAUGUUUCCAAAGGAAAUAUUUUUAAUUCUAGGAGUAGUAUCCUAUGGUUUAUUUAACCAAGCAUAUGGAUACGUUGAAGAAUGUGGCGAAAACCUCGAUCUUUCUCUGAGCUACGUGUUCAAUUUCACUGGGACGGAUAUUUUCCUGCAGUGGGUACUGAAGAGUCAGACCACAUGUCAUGUGCUCUACCACUUGGUUAUCAGGGACGAUGACCUUGGUGUUAUCCUGAACGAAUACUUGAAAGGAACGUCCUCGCUUUUGGAAGUAUCACCGUGUAUCCUUUACUACAUCGAACUAAACGCCAUCAACGAAGAAAUCCCUAACAUGGAAGGUCCCGCGGUUACCAUGGGCAUCGUGUUCUCUAAAAGAGUUCAAAUAGCUCCUUCGCUAGGAUUGAUCGAUAUUCGAGCUACAUCUAUCAACAUGACGUGGACUCUUGAAGGAGGUGCCAACAGAUGUCCUUUGAUAAGGCUGUACGUAGAUGGCGGCAGCUAUUUCAAUCAGACAGUGUCGUUGCAAGAUUUGUCAGAUAACAGCCAAGUAUCUGUGGAAAUCACACCCCUCAAACCCAACAGCAUGUAUUUCUUCCGAGUUUAUGUGGAGAAUAACGCAGGAUUUUCUCCUGCUACGCAGUUAGCUGUGCAAACUCUUGAGGCAACCGAUGAAUUGGAUUAAUUGUAUUGUCGAGAAAAUAAAGUUGCAACCAUUGUUGCUG